AUGGGCGUCUCCCUCAGCACCGCCCGCUACCUCGCCCCCGCCUCCUUCCUCUACGACUUCGCCGCCCAACAAUACGGCAUGCUUUCCUCCCCCAACAUGAAAGACGUCCACGACGCCAACUUAUCCUUCUUCUCCCCGCAACCCUUCUUCAUCGCAGCCUUCUUCUUCCCGCAACAACUCUUCCAGCUCGCAUGGCUCUACAAGCUCUGGAAACUAGACCCGAAGAACGCCGCUGAGAAGAAGCAACUAGAUCAUAUCGUCCCCUUUGUGCCGUAUUAUGCGCUGGGGAAUGUAUGUAUUGGGACGUGGAUGUUUUUUUGGAAUAGUAGUAAUUUGAAGGUUGCGAAUGUUUUUGUUGUUGUUAAUACGGUGGCGCAGCUUUGGUAUGUUUUUACGCAGUUGCAGCCGAUGGAGACGAGGAAUUGGGGGAGUGUGCUCACACAUGUUGUGUCGAAAACUUUCGCUGGAAUUGGAGUUCUCGACAUUCUGCACAAUACGAGUGUGGCGUAUUACAAGAAUGCGCUGCCGACGCUGCCAUUGAAGAUUGCUACUGGGUUGAGCUUCGGAGCGCUGGGUGCUUGCUCGGAUUGGAUCUUUGGAGGUUGCUUGGUGUACGAUUUGAUUGCGCUGAGUGUUGGACAAGCAUCGUACGAGCAGGACUGGAGCAGAGUGUUGGGAGGAUUUGCGCUUGGCACGGCGGCGAUUGUUGGGUUGAGGAAUUAUAUGAAACCUCCAUUUGUGACGAACAAGGACUACGCGACCAUUGAGCAGGACGAUACCGAUGACCGGGCUUGA